CUGCACGUCUAUUUGGCUUCGAAAUUAUAAUUAUUUUGUGUAACUAAGCAAGCUUCUGCUAGCCCAGCUGGUAUAUGUAGUCUUAAGAAGAGGAUAUAUAUCAUUGGACUGAUUUGGCUGGAUCUUAGCCAUAUAUUCAAUACUGAUACCAAAAAGUUCACACCCGGCGACAUGACAAACAAGUUACUUCGGUGCUUCAUGUCAGCCAUCCUUUAGGUUGCAAUUUUGCAGUCCGAAGAAUAAAAUAAAAUAACUCUUGUCCAAGGAGCAGCAGUGACCGAACCAUCUUCCAAGCCACACACCUACCGUAUAAUGCUUUCUCAAGAUCCUCGACUCCAUGGAAGUUAUGAUUUUCAACAUAAGGAUAAUUGUUGGGACUGUGGGUGCAGGAAUAAAGAUAUGAGUGGGGGGUCAUUUUAUUUAUAAAGUAGGAUUUUUGUAAUGAAUUGUUAAAUUCUGGUCAUGCGGAUGGUUGAUAUGUGAUUUGGUUAAAGCACUCCAAGUUUCCAUAUCUUACCAUUAUAAUUACAGGAUCAAAAUGCUUAGUAAAUGGCAAUUAUGAGGUCGGAUAUUACAUAAUCUGCCUUAAUCGCAAAGAAAUAAAGCAAUUAAUUAAUCGCAAAGAAAUAAAGCAAUUAAUUCCUUCUAUCCCACUCUUUGAAAAUGGAGAAUUUUCCUAUAUAAUAAAAACAUCAAUAGUCGGACUUCACAGCAGUUAUUGCUAUUCUUUGCACUUCCAAUAAGGGAGGACCUUGUUGUGCCAUGGUUUUACUGCAUCAGUCUGGACAGGUCAUGCAGUCCAUCCAGAGCUACCCAACUUCAGGAACUAUGCAUCAGAUGUAUCCACAAGGACAACCUCUAAUGAUCAAGCAUUACAGCCCAAUCUCAUCCUUUCCAAGGAAGGAGAAUACAUUACAUGCAGCCCAGAAGCACCGCCUGGCAGAGCAGAGCAGAAGAAACAGAAUCAGCGGCCAAUAUGACACCCUCCGUGCCAUCCUUCCCAGCAUAUACAAAACGGAUAUGAGUAAGCUCAAAAAGGCUUUUGUGCUUUCUGAGACAAUCCGUAUGGUGAAGGAGUUUAAGAAGCUUGUAUCAGAAAAGAGAGCAACUAAUCGUGAAGUCGGGAAUUGCGGGAUACCUGGUGGGGCAGAUAGAUUGAGCUUAGAACACUGUGAUGGUGGUGAAGGGAUGGUGAAGGCUGUAAUGAGCUGCGAGGACAGGCCGAACAUUAUGGCAGAAUUGGCAAAAGCACUGAAAACGGUGAAAGUGAAGCUGGUGAGAGCUGAAAUGGUGACUAUGGGUGGAAGGAACAAGUUUUCUCUGUGGAUGCAAGGGCCUAAAGAAGGACCUGGCGUGCUUAAGAGGGUUUUGGAGGCUGUUAUGAGGAGGCCUUCAUGGAUUGCUAGAAAACACAGAAGUUCUUGGCAUUCCCGAGCCUCAACAGCUUACAAUUUCAAUAGGGCCACUUCUUGAAAAAUCUCUUAUUUUUCUCCAAGUAACAUAAUUACCCGUUUGUAAUUAGUUGUGAUGGCCUUUCUGGAACCAUCCAGCCCUCUAAUCAAUACGUCUGAACAUGAUAGGUGAAAGUAUACGUACUUGCUGACCUUUUUCUUCUUAUCUUCGUAGUUCCUCGGUAAUUCAAUGUUUCCAGAGAUGGUAAUUUGGAUUUCAUAGCAAAGAAACUUCGAAUGAAAAAAUUAAUUGAUGUUACAGGUUA